GCAAACAAGAACUGCAAAUUGGUAUACGACGUCUAUGGCAACUGUUGGGACAGCAACGCAGGCCAGCGGCCCAGGGGCGGCCAGGGGCUAAUGGGAGGCUGGUAUGACGGGUGCUCGGGUUGGAUCCAAACAUUUGACCGUCUGCUAACAUACUCCUUCACCAAACCUUUCAUGGAACCUAACAAAGUUACAAUGUAUGCAAAGAGCGGCAGCACACUCUCAUACGAUGAUGUGACAAACCUGAAUGUCGGGUUCGUUGAUGGCUGGGCCUACGAUGAGUUCUGUCUAGCCCGAUACACGGACAUUGCGGGUUCGAGUCUGCGUCAAGACCAGAUCAUACAUAUCGCCUCAUCAGAUAGACUAGUUGAAGCACUCAACACUGGAGAGGUCGAUGUCAUCUUUGUCUCAGCCCUAGCUCAAUACGAUACUGCCUUGAUGAGAAUCACGCCCUCAGACUUCCAGAAUAAGUGUCUGAAAGGAGGGAAUUCAGUCAUGACACGUCACAAUAACCGCGAUUUCGUCAACUGGUGGAACGACGCGUUUGAUCGUCUUGUCCAGAGAGGGCGCUAUGACGAAAUCUGCAAAACACUCUCCGAGAGGCAUGGCCAUAUCCAAGGGCGGGAUUAUACUGAGCUUUGCAUCGGCUAUUAGCACACUUCUGAUUGA